ACCUAUAUAAAUGUACUCGCUAUUACAUUAUUAUUUCGGUAACCACGCGAAGUAGUCGGAGUCUGAUUGGAUAUCUAUUAUGGAUGUCUCAGCAGAUAUUAAAAUUGGCGACAACACCACGUCGAUCACACCCAACGAUAUUAAAAUUGGCGACAACACCACGUCGAUCACACCCAACGAUCGGCCGGUUGAAAAACAAUCAUAUCAACUGGUUAUUGUUUGGCGCAACGUUAUACUGUGCUCGUUGGUCCAUUUGGGCGCACUGUAUGGCGUUUACUUGGCGUUUGUUUCUGCAAAACUCACUACGACUAUUUUCGCAAUCUGCUUGUAUCAAAUCACUGCAAUUGGCGUUACCGCUGGAUCACAUAGACUUUGGUCGCAUCGGGCGUUCAAAGCGACAUGGCAAUUGCGGCUUAUCAUUAUUAUACUCAAUACAAUAGCGUUUCAGAAUUCAGUUUACGAGUGGGCCCGCGAUCAUAGACUACACCACAAGUACACAGACACGAACGCUGACCCGCACAAUUCGAAUAGAGGACUGUUCUUUUCGCACGUCGGUUGGUUAUUGUGCCGAAAACAUCCGGACGUUAUCGAGAAGGGCCGCACCAUUGACGUUAGCGAUUUGUUGGCCGAUCCGUUUGUGGCGUUCCAAAAAAAAUACUUUUGGUUCCUGAUAACGUGGGCGUGCUUCAUUAUACCCACACUUAUACCAGUGUACUUUUGGGGAGAAACAUGGAGAAAUUCUUGGUACGUGGCAGUUUUGUUGAGGUACGUGCUCACACUCAACGGAAUUUGGUUGAUCAACAGCGCCGCGCAUGCAUGGGGAGGAAAACCAUACGACAGGUCCAUUAAACCGACGCAGAACCUUGGAGUGGCCAUCAUGUCUGUGGGCGAGGGCUGGCACAACUACCAUCACGUGUUUCCGCAGGAUUACAAGGCGGCAGAACUUGGAAAUUACAAAUUUAAUUUCACUACUGCGUUCAUCGACCUGUUCGCUAAAAUCAGAUGGGCGUACGACCUAAAAACCGUGUCAACAGAGUUAGUGCAUCAACGAGUCUUGCGUACCGGCCAGAUUCAGUCCCGGAAAGAUCCGGAGCCAAUUUCAGAGGGCUGGGUCGAAAAAUACUUUCUUUGGUUGCACUGCAUCAUAAAGAGAAUUUUGUCAUGAAUUAAUAUAUUUCAAUGAUCGUAAACAGCUGUAUAAAAGUAGAUAAUAUGCAUAAAAUAAAUAUU